CCCAUACUAAAGCACAUAAAUGCACUCAUCGUUCAGUUUGUAUACGACAGUCCACGACGAUGUAGCAGGAUACGUGUUCCUCUGAAGCGAAUUAACAACUCAUAAUGCGUUUCGUGCUACAUUGAUGAAUUAUUUAAUUUAAUGUAUUCUGUUUUUAUUUAUAUGAGCAAUUUCUGUAAUUCACGUGUUAAUAAAAUGGAUGAUUACUAGUAUAUAUUUACGAGAGAAAACGUGUCUUUCCGAAUUAGCACCUAUAAAUAAACGAUGAGGGAAGUUUUGCUACGAGUCAAUAGUGUUAUUUAAAGGCUGAAUUGAAGUACAAAUGAUGUCAGUGACAGACAUUUUAAUAAUAUGCACGUGCGCGUCGAGUUUCGUAUUCAUUCUUUUCUCGUGCUCGAGUUUGCGCAACCGGAAUCGGCGACUGCCGCCAGGACCAAAGGGAUAUUUAUGUUGCGGAAACAGUUUUCAAAUUGACUCUGAUCAUAUCCAUCAUAAUUUAAAAGGUCUCCAUGACGAUUACGGUAAAAUCAUAAAAUUUCAAAUAUUCGGAACUAAAGUGAUAUCAUUGUCGUCUGCUAAAUAUAUUUCCGAAGCGUUCGAACUGAACCCAUCUUGCCAAAUUGCCAAUGACAGACCGACCAAUUCUACGUCGGAUAUUUUUUACGGACGAAAACACAUCGGGCUAGCAGACUGGAAUUUCAUCACGAGUUUAAUGCGGGAAUUCCAUAAACUUUCCGCCAUACUGGUAUUCGAAAAAGGCGGAAAACUCGAUCAGCUAUUUGAAACGGAAAUCAAGCUUUUACAUUUGACUUUUAUUAGUGGACGAAAUGUCGAUAUAAAUCCUCACCUACAUUUGAGAUUAUUUCUUCAGCAUUUGAUGUCCAUAUUGCUUAUUGGAGAAACCGUGGACAAAAGUGUCCCCGACAAUAAUGUAUUGUGGGAAUUCAUUGACCUUCUGUACGUUCUAAUUGAUCCCUCGGUAGAUGGCGCGUUGCGGACGUUUCCUUUCUUACGACGACUACCAGGUUACUAUGGCAAUAUAUAUCGACAGACGAUCGUCGCUCGCGACAAAGUGGGUAAACGAUUCUACGAAGACCGAAAGGCGAGCUACAGACCAGGGAACAUCCGGGGCCUUGUGGACGUCUGCAUUCUGAAUCAGCUGGAAGAGCUCAACAAGACCGGUAACUCCUGGCUAACUGACGAACACAUCAAGGGCCUCAUCUUUGACACACUUGCUGCUGGUAUGACAGAGAUUUUGAAGACGCUCCGCCUCUUCCUGCUGCUCAUGUGUCACCACCCCGAAGUUCAGACCAGACUACAUGUAGAGGUCGAAACAAUCAUAGGUUCGGAGCGUUUUCCGUGCCCCGAAGACCUGAAGUGGAUGCCGUACACGCAGGCGGUGAUGUUGGAGAUAUGGCGCUACGGUUCACAGACGCCGCUCGCCAUACCGCAUCUUUGUCGGAAGGACGUCGAACUAGACGGCUACCUCAUAGAGGCCGGCUCAGUGAUCUUUCCGAAUCUGUACGCUGUUCACCACGACGAGGUUACUUGGGGAGACCCUUGGGAAUAUCGUCCAGAACGAUUCCUAAACGAGUCUGGGGAACUUCUUCCUUCCGACCACACACUGAUGCAAAACAUCAUCCCGUUUAGCGUCGGUAAAAGGGCGUGUCCUGGGCAGGAUUUCGCGCGCUCCAGAAUAUUCGUUACAAUGGCAUCACUGAUGCAGCGGGUGCGAGUGAUUCCCCCUGAAAACAGCAACUUGCCUCCGGCUGAUCCCCGGCUCUACAGCAAAGCGUAUCCGAUGACGGAACCACAGUUUGAAUGUCGCUUCUUGCCCAGAGAGGAUAGCAUUAUUUAGAACGACUAAAUAAAUGUUCCUGAUAGGGCACGGUCAAUAAUAUUUAAGUUCAAAAAACUGCGUAUGAUCAACUCUGAUCAAGAGGUUAACUUAGAUUUGUAUUAUUUAUUAUACAAGGUAAGAUCGCAUAUUUUAAUUAUCCAUCGGAAGUCCAUAACAUUAUUGAACGCUUGGCGAGACGAAGAUUUUAAGCGUUUAUAUGCAGUGAAGUCUUAAACAUGUAUUUAAUAUAAAAUCUUUACAAAGACAUUAAA